AUGGCCGCCCGCGACGCCCCCAGGCCCAAGAUCGACCGACAAACAACAACACCAUUCCACCUGAAGCUCUUCUACCGCUCGAAUGCCUACCACAAUCUAUCCGACUUUACAGUUCAACAACCCUCAUCGUCUUCAUUCGGCAGACCCGUAAGCGGGCCCAACGCCAUCCGCUCGCGCUCUCCUCCCCCACCAACUGCCCUCCCAGCACACCUACAGAUCUACACCUGGCAAUCGUGCACACUGCGCGAGCUUUCGCAGCUCCUCACAUCCGCGCUACCGUCGAUGCUCCCGGAUCCCCCGAUCGGAACAAGACUAUGCUUCCGACUGAUCUACCCAGACACCAAGGGCGCAGCAAUGAUGGGCCCCGGCGCGCAAGGCAGAUAUCUAAGCAAGGACCUAGGCAGCGUGAUCAUUGGGCCGAGGGAUAGCCCCUAUCGAGACGGUAACGAUGAAGAAUCAUCGCAGAACAGCGCGGGCGGUGCGCGAACUGGUCCGUUCCGGCUGCAGGGGAACGACGCGGAUAAGACGCUGCAGGAGGCGCGCUUCGUGAUUGGGGAUUACGUUGAUUGUGCUAUUUUGCCGCCGCUCGAGGAUGGCUCGGUCGCGCCUCCGGUUAGCGGUGGGAGAGGCCCGAAUGUUGGAGGUGGGAUGAGGGCGUUCCGCGACAGUGGGUUUGGCGGUGGUGGUGGGCGAGGAGGGAGAGGGGGGAGAGGCGGUGGCGAUCGUGGAAUCCCUACAGGUGAUUGGAGACGUGGUGAGCGAGUUCCGGAUAAUGGACGGGGGUUUGAAGGUGGACCAAGGAGACGGGGUGGUGGUGGUGGUGGAUGGGCGCCGUAUUAG